AUGAUUCCAUUGAUUUUAAUUGCUGAAGAGCAAAAUCCAAUCGAAGAGAAGGUGAAUCAGCAACGUUAUCGUAAGAAUCUUCGGCUUAACAGGAGCGCACAACAGGUUCCUCACAACAGUUUCGUACAGAAUUUUCGAGUCACGCAUGAUAUAUUCAAUGAAGUUCUUCGUGAAAUUGAGGAUGACCUUGCUCCUAUGACAUCGUAUGGUAUAACAGCUGAACAAAAAUUAGCAGCAGCUCUACGGUUUUUCGCAACCGGUCACUUUCAACAAGGUAUAGGAAAAGAUUUCCACAUUCCUAUGGCACAGUCGACGUUUUCCACUAUGUUAACCAAGGUUUUGGAUAGCAUGGAACGAAAGCUAUGCCCAAAAUACAUCACGAUGAACAUGUCCGAUACAGACACCGAAGCAGCAAACAAUUAUUUUCACGCAAAAUCCGGAAUCAGUGGUGUUGUUAUGUGUGUAGAUGGAACACACAUCAAAAUAAAACGGCCGAAGACAAAUGAACAUUUCUAUUACAAUCGUAAAGGAUUCUUCAGCAUAAAUGCUUUAAUAGUAUGUGAUCACAAGCAAAAAAUAAGAUUUGUAAAUGCAAAAUUUGGUGGAGCCAAGCACGAUGCGCAUGUAUGGAAUCGGAGUCCUGUUCGUAGUUUUUUUGCAACCAAGUAUCGCAAUGGAAACACUGCGUUCAAGUUGCUGGGUGAUUCAGCAUAUCCCAGGGAAGACUGGUUACUUACACCAGUCAGAGAUGCUAAUCCAGGGUCUGCAGACGCACAGUUCAAUGCACAGCAUACUGCAGGGCGUAUUAUAAUAGAAAGAACGAUUGGAGUCUUGAAAAGCAGAUUUCGAUGUCUUGCCGGAACACGAGAGCUGCACUAUACACCUACUAAAUGCCUUACAGUGCGACACCUUACUAAGUGCCUAAGUGAUGUUUAG